ACCAUUAUUUCUCAUAAAACAUACAGAUUACAAUAUAUUUUACAGAAUUAUAACUCAUGUAAGCAUACACCAGUACAGAAAAUACAGCUCUUUUUGGUUGUUUUGGUCAGUUUCAGUGGGAGUGUGUAGACGUUGCAGCUGCAGUGAUGAUGUUGAGCAGCUGGACAUGUGACCGUGCACACAGGAAGAAGAGUCAAGAAAUGAGUCAGAGAUUCCUCUCCUCCUCCACCAAAGAAAUCAGACAAAGUCCGCCAGAACCCAAACAGCAGCAGCAGCAGCAUGCCGUGCUGCGGAUUUCUGUGUCAGUAUGAAACCAACAAGCUGGUCCGGAUCCAGAGCGUCCGGCUCGGCUCUCUCAAGUGGAUCCUGAACGCAGCCAUUCUGCUGUUCAUCUGCAUCAUGUUGCUGUGGAACAGGAAUUACCAGCAGUUUGACCUGGUGGUGAGCUCUGUCACCACCAAGGUGAAGGGGGUAGCUCAGACCCAGCUGCCCGGGGUCGGAGACGUCGUCUGGGAUGUGGUGGACUACAGCGGGCCCUCGCAGGACAAAAACUCCUUCUUUGUGGUGACCAACAUCAUCGUGACAAAGAAUCAGAAGCAGGGGAAAUGCCCAGAGGUUCCCAGUAAAGGCAGAUUGUGUCGCACUGAUAAGGACUGUGAGAGAGGAGGCUGGGAUCAGCACAGCCACGGGAUAAAGACGGGAUCAUGUUUGAAGUUUGACAUUGGGAGAAAAACCUGCGAAGUCUCUGCCUGGUGUCCAGUGGAAACCAAGACGACCCCACCGAGGCCCGCUCUGCUGGCAGCAGCUGAGAACUUCACAGUCCUCAUCAAAAACAACAUCAAGUUCCCUGCGUUCAACUUCAUUCGAAGGAACAUCCUCCCAGAGAUGACCGACGCCUACCUGAGGAGCUGUCAGGGAAAACACGACUCGCUGUGUCCAAUCUUCAGACUGGGAGACCUCGUACAGGAGGCCGGAGAGAAGUUCUCUCAAAUGGCCAUAGAGGGUGGUGUCAUCGGCAUCCUGAUCAAAUGGGACUGCAACCUGGACUGGCUCAUGCACCGCUGCCUUCCCAACUACUCCUUCAGACGGCUGGACGAGAAAGAGAGCAACAAGACCCUCUACCCCGGCCUCAACUUCAGAUAUGCAAAGUACAGCACGGUGAACGCCGUGGAAGAACGAACGCUGUACAAAGCAUUCGGGAUCAGGUUUGAUGUCAUGGUUUUUGGACAGGCGGGAAAGUUCAGCUUCAUCCAGCUCAUCAUCUACAUCGGAUCCACGCUGUCGUACUACGCUCUGACGACCAUGAUGAUCGACUGGCUGAUUGGAACCAGAUGUUACUCUGCAGAUGUUGGACAAAACUACUCGGAGACGAAAGUGGAGUCAGUUCAAGACAAACAGAAGUGCAUCCUCUGCGUGUCCUACGUCGAUGAGAACAACAUUCGACUGGUGAAGAGAUCACAGAAGAAGAGUUUACAAGACAUCAAACCGAUGUCUGUUCAGCCACACAAGGACACGGGACACCUGCGAGCCGUUCUCUGUCUGCUACAGCCGAGUGUCAGCGUGGAUCACAACGCUCAGCCUCCCCUCGACCACAAACCUGACCCGAUCCCCAAACCCUGUCGCCCUGCCUGGUGCAAGUGUGACCGCUGCACUCCCUCCUCCCUCCCUCAGGAGGAGCUGUGCUGCCGGUGCAGCGACGGCGCCUGCAUCACCUCGUCUCCUCUUUUUGAGCAGCUGGUGUUGCAUCGCUCCCUUCUGGAGGCUGUCCUCCUGUACCGGGACCCUCUCUCUGCACCUGCUGGUCGAGGCCAGACCACCGCCCUGCGUCACUGCGCCUACAGUCAGUACAUCAGCUGGAGGUUCGGGGUCCCACCUAAAGACCGCUACCCUGCCAUCCCCAGCUGCUGCGUGUGGCGAGUCAGGAGGGAGUACCCGAGCCCGGACGGACAGUACAGCGGCCUCAGACCUGCCAUGAUGGCGUCCAUGCAGGACUGUGCUAACGGAGAGCUGUGAGAAGAGUCUCCACAUAACAGAGCAGGGACUCUGCCACUGACUGACCCACUAACUGUGUUGUUGUGUUAAAUCUGCCUUACAAAGCAAAAAUAAAUGCACUAACUUUGUCAGCUUGCGUUCAGAAGGAGAGGAUGAGGGAGAUCCCCAGUGAGUCAAUAAAUCACUGCAUUUUCAUCAUCUUUCAAGUCCUUUUGGCAUCUCAGUAAAUAUAAAAUCAUUUUUUUCUGAGAUCAACUCUUUGAGAAGAUUUUUGCCUUUUUUGUAUUAAAAAACAUAAUAAUAUAAAAUCA